UGUCUGCCAAGCUCUGAGAGUGAGAGGUGUGCGCGCUCUCUCUCUCUCCCACUCACUGCUUGACCAGUCUCUCGUCCCAGCUCCACGAGGCAAUGAAUACCUCUGCUGUGCCUGUCUGUGUGCUGUUCGUGCUGUUUGUCAGACACGCUGCAUCUGAGGUAAUAACGCAAAGUUUGGGAGAGACGGAGGAAACGAUGGAGGAUCUCUCUCACCCGUGCGUGCGUGAGUGCGUGCGCGGGGAGAGUCAAGUGUGCCGGUACACGUUCACGGUGGAAUGGUACACGACAAUGGGAAAAGCCUGUUACGACUGCCCAUUCAACGUGAGCGACUGCGCGCGCCCACACUGUGCCCCCGCGGACGGCUUUGAGCGUGCCAUUGUUACAGCCAAUCGUCGCCUGCCUGGCCCCGCGAUUCACGUCUGUCAGUGGGACGAGGUGGUGGUGGAUGUGGUCAACGAGCUGGGCAGUGACUCCACCACCAUCCACUGGCACGGCAUUCACCAGCGCGGCACUCCUUACAUGGAUGGCGUGCCCUUCCUCACCCAGUGCCCCAUCCCUGCGGGCACUACUUUUAGGUAUCAUUUUCUCGCAGAUCAGCCGGGCACACAAUACUGGCACUCACACUCAGGUUUCCAGAGGACAGACGGGAUGUUCGGGGCCCUGGUGGUGCGGCAGCCGAGGGAGGAGGACCCCCAGCGCGGGCAUUUUGACAGAGAUGAACCGCAACACACACUGGUGCUGACUGAUUGGUUGGAUGGUCUCGGUGUGGCCAAGUUUGUUAACCAUCAUCAUACUGAGCACGACAACAAACCGUACACGCUGUUGGUGAAUGGGCGCGGCAAACAUGUACUGCACGAGAGGGACGAGGUGCGGGCGUACACACCUGUCUAUGAGGCGACCGUCACACCUGGUAAGAGGUAUCGUUUCAGAGCUCUAAGUAACAGCAUUCAAAACUGCCCAAUUGUGGUAUCAGUUGACAACCACACCCUCACCCCAAUUGCCACCGAUGGUCACCCUAUAGAUCCAAUUGAAGUGGAGUCUCUUACUAUAUACGGGGGGGAGCGCUGGGAUUUCGUGGUGAAUGCCAGCCAGGUUCCUGCCCCUUACUGGAUCAAAUUUCAAGGGAUGCUGGACUGUGACGACCGGUUCAAGGCUGCCCAUCAGGUGGCGGUGCUCAGGUACGAAGGGACAGAGGGGUUCCCUGGCAGCCUGGCGGAGGUGAAUUAUAAGUCAACAAUUAGGGAGGGUCUGGAAUUGAACAAACUGAAUGCCGCGCCUGGAGACGGAACCUUCAUAACAGCAGCGGAGAUCCGAGGGGCGGCGCAAGCAAGGGAUGUGUCACGUACCCCAGACUACAAGUUUUGGCUAAAAUUUGACUUCUACGGAAAAGAUAACCCAGCUUUCCACCACCCAGACUUCUACUCUUUCCAUGAAGUGAGGAAGGAGCACCGCCUUUUCACGCCCCAGGUUAACGAUAUAUCCCUGAAGCUGCCCAACGCCCCGCCCCUCUCCCAGCCAGAUGACGUGGACUACAGCGCCUUCUGCAACGCCACCCACAGGAGAAACUGCCUCGGGGACUUCUGCCAUUGUCCACACGUGCUUAAUGUGGAGAGAGACAGCCUGGUGGAGUUGAUAUUAGUGGAUGAAGGUGUGGUAUACUGGGCUAACCAUCCGUUUCACCUACAUGGACACGCCUUCCAAGUGUUAGCGAUGGGAAGACUUGGUGAGAACACAACCAAAGCUAAUGUACAAGCUCUAGACGAAGCGGGGAAACUUAACAGGAAUUUUGACCGUCCUCCUUCCAAGGACACCGUGACAGUACCUGACGGAGGGUACACUGUCAUACGCUUCUUCGCUUCCAACCCUGGUUACUGGUUGUUCCACUGUCACAUAAGCUUCCACAUCGAGGUUGGAAUGGGCCUGGUGUUCCACGUGGGGAGCGGCGAGAUGCUUCCACCCCCUCCACCAAAAUUUCCCACUUGUGGACACUGGAGGCCGGAAGUGGAGCGGGAUUUGAAAGCACAAGUGGAUAAGUACUUUGAAAACCUAAAUGGAAGCGUGGAUGUAAGUGUGGAUCUCCUGCCGGGGGCGUCUGAAGGUGGAGGGAAGGUGGAACUACACGGGCCGAGUUAUUCCACUCCAACAAUGCCCAACACACCUGCAGCGGGGGGUCGAGGUGGAGGAGGUGGAGGUGGUGGUGACAGUGGUGGUGGCCAGAUCAUUUCAUCGUUUUUCUUAUGUAUUUUGUGUGUGUUCGUGUGUUCGUGUGUUUGAGUGUCCGGCCAGGUGGUGAGAGAGAGAGAGAGAGAGAGAGAGAGAGAGAGAGAGAGAGAGAGAGAGAGAGAGAGAGAGAGAGAGAGAGAGAGAGAGAGAAUUAGUCAGUAUUAUUAUUUUAAUUUUUAUUUUCCUAGUGUGUAUAUCUCGUAUGUAUGUUUGUUUGUUUGUUUGUUUGUCUGUCUGUCCGUCUGUCUGUCUGUCAGUGUAAAGCCACGUAAGAAACUCACAAAUACUAAGAUUAAUAAUGAUGAUGAUGAUGAUGAUGAUGAUGAUGAUGAUGAUGAUGAUAACAAUGAUAAUAACAACAACUGCCUUGGGUCUUGUCUUCUUCUUCUUCUUCUUCUUCUUCUUCUUCUUCUUCUUCUUCUUCUUCUUCUUCUUCUUCUUCUUCUUCUUCUUCUUCUUCUUCUUCUUCUUCUUCUUCUUCUUCUUCUUCUUCCCGUCUUCGUCUUCUUUUUCAUAACUUUUGAUCAUCACCAUCUUCAUCAUACCCCCUACUUCCUCCUCCUCCUCCUCCUCCUCCUCCUCCUCCUCCUCCUCCUCCUCCUCCUCCUCCUCCUCCUCCACCUCCUCCACUUAGCAUUAUUACUUAAGGCAUUCCAAGCACUAUUUUUAACUACCUAAUUAUUCUUACACUAAUUCACGUAGUUGUUAAAGCCGAGGUGCACAGAUUUAUAUUCCAGAUGAUAUAUUAGACAGAGAGAGAGAGAGAGAGAGAGAGAGAGAGAGAGAGAGAGAGAGAGAGAGAGAGAGAGGUCUUACUUUUUUUUAUCUUCAUUACUAUAAACUCACAUUUUAGCUUUGAAUUUUAUAUUGUGCUGCAAAUAAGGUACAUAAUAUAUACUUUGUUAUAAUAAUAGGAGCAGCAGUAGUAAUAAGAAUGAUAGUAAU